AUGCGACGGCGAAGAAAGUCGUCCAAGAGAUUGUUGUACCGUCCAAAAGCCGGAUUCACGAUUCCAUCCUUAGCCAAAGAUAAGCAGCAAACUUCAGCAAGUUGGUGUGAGAUACCAACUUCAAACUUUAAACUACGUGGUGAAACUUAUUUCAAAGAUAAACGUAAAUCCCCUGUUCAAGACCAAUGUCCAUAUACUCCAAUUGGUGUUGACUUGUUUGUGUGUCCAAGAAAGAUUGAUCAUAUAGCUCAACACAUUGAGCUUCCCAACAUCAAAGCCGACGCGAACCUCCCUGCUCUUCUUAUUGUCAACAUCCAGUUUCCAACUUAUCCAGCCGCAAUGUUUCUCGGUGAUAGUAAUGGGGAAGGCAUGAGCAUUGUACUUUACUUUAGGUUACGUGACAAUUUUGAAAAAGAAAUCUCUCAACAAUACCAAGACAGCAUUAAGAAAUUGGUGGAAGAUGAGAUGGAGAAAGUGAAAGGGUUUGCAAAAGAUAAUUUUGUGCCGUUUCGUGAAAGGCUCAAAAUCAUAGCCGGAUUAGUUAAUCCAGAGGAACUCAGCCUAAGCACUACUGAAAAGAAACUUAUACAAGCGUACAAUGAAAAACCUGUCCUUUCACGUCCUCAACACAACUUCUACAAGGGUCCUAACUACUUUGAGAUUGAUUUGGAUGUGCAUCGGUUUAGCUACCUUCCAAGAAAAGGGCUUGAAGCAUUCAGAGAUCGACUUAAAAAUGGAACUCUUGAUCUCGGCUUAACUAUCCAGGCACAAAAACAAGAGGAGUUACCAGAAAAAGUUUUAUGUUGUCUAAGAUUGAACAAGAUUGACUUCGUUGACAAUGGUCAAAUCCCAACUCUUUUAGUAUCCGAAGAAGGAGAAACUCUUGUUUGAAAACUCCCUUGGUGAUCUUCAGUGUUGGAUGAAGAAAUAACAAAAAUAAAACUGAAUUUUUGUUUUUCCGGAUUUGUUAUGU